AUGGUUCAGGCAAAGAGCGAAUCUUGCAGUUUUGCUGCACACUUGGCAGUAGGUAGAUGGACCUCAGUCUUUGCAUCGUUUCUUAUCAUGUCUGGUGCAGGUGCAACAUACCUAUUUGCAAACUACUCAAAUGAUAUCAAGAGAAAUCUUGAAUACAACCAAUCAGCACUCAAUACAUUAAGCUCAUGGAAGGAUAUCGGUACAAGCGCUGGGAUUUUGUCUGGACUUGUCGCCGAGGUCACCCCAACAUGGUUCGUGCUUGCCAUCGGCUCUGUCACCAACUUUUUCGGUUACUUCAUGGUAUGGUUGGCUGUCACCGGAAAAAUUUCCAAGCCCAAGGUUUGGCAUAUGUGUGUCUACAUGUUCAUUGCAGCCAAUUCUCAGAAUUUUGCAAAUACAGGAUCUCUUGUCACCUGUGUCAAGAAUUUUUCAGAGAGCCGAUCGAUUAUGUUGGGUCUAUUAAAAGGUUACGUUGGGCUUAGUGGGUCUAUCCUUACUCAAAUUCACUCGGCCAUUUAUGGAGAUGAUGAUUCAACAUCUUUAAUCCUUCUCAUAGCGUGGCUCCCAACGUUGAUAAUAGUAUUGGUUAUGUACACAAUUAGGGAGAAGGAAGUCAAGAUUAGGCAACCGAAUGAGGUUAAAGUUUUCUAUCACUUCCUUUAUAUAUCAGCCGCUCUUGCUGCGUUUUUGAUGGCCAUGACAAUGAUUCAACAAAAUGUCGCCUUUUCCCGAGUGGCCUAUGCUGGAAGUGCAGUAGCAGUGUGCAUCUUGUUAUUUUUACCUGUUGUCGUCGCCUUUAGACAAGAGGUAUUGCUUUGGAAGCAGAUGAAAGCACCUCCUAGUACAAUAAUUGUUGAGAAGCCACAAGCUGUUGAGCAAUUACAGAAUUCUUCUGCCAAUCAAGCAAAAGAGGAGACAAAAACAUCCUUCUUUACGUAUAUUCUUAACAAACCAAAAAGAGGGGAAGACUAUGGGAUAUUACAAGCAUUGUUAAGCAUUGACAUGCUGAUUAUCUUCUUUUCAACACUCGUCGGACUUGGCUCAGGCUUGACCGUUGUGGACAACAUGGAACAAAUUCGUGAGGCGCUUGGCUAUGAGCCAAAGACCAUAAAGACCUUUACUUCGCUUAUUAGCAUAUCGAAUUACGCUGGGAGAGUAUUCUCUGGUUUUCUGUCGGAGACACUACUCAGGAAAUAUAGAGUUCCUCGCCCCGUUAUGUUGUCGGCUGUUCUUUUUCUCACCUGCAUCGGUCACCUUCACAUCGCGUUUCCCUUCAAGGGUUCAGUCUAUUUGGCUUCAUUGAUCAUUGGGUUUACACUUGGUGCACAGCUGCCGCUAGUUUUGUCCAUAAUUUCCGAGAUCUUUGGCCUUAAGCACUACUCCACAUUGUUCAAUUGUGGACAAGUGGCAAUUCCGGUUGGUUCAUAUUUGCUAAAUAAAGAGCUCACUGGAAGGCUCUACGAUAGAGAGGCAACCAAGUUUCAUGCAAUGGACGGUUCGGAUAAAAACUACUUAGGGAAGCCACUGGUUUGCGUGGGGAAACAAUGUUUUGGCCUAUCUUUCAAAAUUAUUACUGUUGCUGUCUUCUUUGGAGCUCUUAUUUCGUUGAUUCUGGUGGCAAGAACGCUGGAAUUUUACAAACGUGAUAUACACGGGAGGUAUAGAGGUGAAUCGGACACAGAGUUCAGUGACGAGAAGAAGGAGACGACUGAGAUGACAUCACCUUCAAUUCUGAUAAUGAAGCCAAGUGAGACUUUGAUGGAUGUACAAAUUAAGGUGGCGCCGGUGGUGGAAUGA